CGUGAGUGGGUGUGUCUGUCUCCCCUCCCGGGCCUGCCAUCCCGGAGAAGAGCUCCGGAAAGCCGGUACUGUGCUCCUAAAGACGGGUUUUGUCUGCGGGGGAUCCGGCUCUGGAAGUGCAACUUUGAGGCCGGGGCGCGGAGGCCGGAUUGAGGGUCCCGCAGGGGAAGGAGCGGAUCCUGUCUGCGUCCUCCGGGAGGAAAGGGGCGGCGGGGCCUGGGAGUUCACACGGGUCUUGGGCGGCUGCGAGAUCGACACAGUCCGGGUCCCUACCGCACGGCGACGCUCGGGAAAGCCCGCCCCGCCCCCAGUCCUCCCCCCUGGGCUUUAGGGAGUGUGGCCGGGAUCCGCCCGGAGCCCAGAAGAAAACUUUUUCCCUGCCAGACCCGGGUCUCUAUUGUCCUUUCUUGGCUGCUGCGGCGGCGACGCCUGAGCGGCCGGCGUCCGGUCCUGCCCGGCUCGCGGCGCCUGGCGCCCUCCGAGGGCAGAGCGUUCGGACCCUGCGCGCCCGAUGGCGGCGGCCGGUGGCCCCUCAGUCCCCGGCGGGCACAGGGUGCCGCGCGCCCUCCGUCCCCAGGCCGCCAGCGCGCCCCCGGCGCGGGGUUAGGGGAGCCCCCACCCGUCUCCCGCCCCCUCGCCUGACUCAUCGGCUGCCCGAGCCCCGCCGGGACGGGGAGGGAGAGCGCGGCCGCCCGCGGCUGCCGAGAUUCCUGCUGACGCGCGGGACCCCGCCGCCUUCUUCGCUCCUCUCGGUAGCGCCUGACGUCCCGACAGCUGCUGGAGUGAGAGCCGGGAGUGACAGCAGAAGAGGCGACCGGACCCCCGAGGCCCCGCUCUCAGGACAGCCGGAAUUCAGGGGACUUACAGAGCACAGAGUCAUUGAUAGGACGCUUCCAAGAGCUUUGAGUGUGCCUGGAGAAAGGACGUAUCUACAUCUCGUAUAAAGGGAAAGACACAGUGGAGAGUCAUUCGUACAUGAAAUGAAUGUGCGAGCGCUGAAAAUCAGCCUUGUGUGAGCGUUGUCAAAUUAGAGAAUAAAAGGUCAAGCUAUGAUAGCAACUGGAGGAGUGAUAACUGGCCUGGCUGCCUUGAAAAGGCAAGACUCUGCCAGAUCACAGCAGCAUGUCAACCUCAGCCCAUCUCCUGCUGCCCAAGAGAAGAAACCAGUCAGGCGUCGGCCCCGGGCUGAUGUUGUGGUUGUUCGUGGCAAAAUCCGGCUUUAUUCCCCAUCUGGUUUCUUCCUCAUUUUAGGAGUGCUCAUUUCCAUUGUAGGAAUUGCAAUGGCCGUCCUUGGAUAUUGGCCCCAAAAAGAGCAUUUUAUUGAUGCUGAAACAACAUUGUCGACGAAUGAAACUCAGGUCAUCGGGAGCCAGGGUGGAGUGGUGGUCCGCUUCUUUGAGCAGCAUUUGCAUUCUGAUAAGAUGAAAAUGCUUGGCCCCUUCACAAUGGGGAUCGGCAUUUUCAUUUUCAUUUGUGCCAAUGCCAUUCUUCACGAAAACCGUGACAAAGAAACCAAAAUCAUACACAUGAGGGAUAUCUAUUCCACGGUCAUUGACAUCCACAUGCUGAGAGUCAAAGAACAGAAGCAAAUGAAUGGCGUGUACACUGGCUUGGUGGGGGAAACAGAAGUGAAACAGAAUGGGGGCUCCUGUGCUUCAAGGCUGGCGGCAAACACCAUCGCCUCUUUCUCGGGUUUUCGGAGCAGUUUUCGGAUGGACAGCUCUGUGGAGGAGGAUGAACUUAUGCUGAAUGAAAGUAAGAGUUUGGGGCAUCUUAUGCCCCCUUUGCUCUCUGACAGCUCUGCCUCUGUCUUUGGCCUCUAUCCACCUCCUUCCAAGACAACCGAUGAUAAAAUCAGUGGCCCUAAGAAAUGUGAAACCAAGUCAAUUGUGUCAUCAUCCAUCAGUGCUUUUACACUGCCUGUGAUCAAACUUAAUAACUGUGUUAUUGAUGAACCCAGUAUAGAUAACAUCACCGAGGAUGCUGAUAACCUCAGAAGCAGGUCAAGGAAUUUGUCAAUGGAUUCCCUUGUGGUCCCUUUGCCCACCACCAGGGAAUCCUGCCAGCCAGGCAGCAUGGUGCUCCCGAGGAAUAAUUCCAUCGGGGAGUCCUUGUCUAGUCAGUACAAGUCUUCUAUGGCCCUUGGACCUGGAGCUGGACAACUGUUGUCUCCUGGAGCUGCUAGAAGACAGUUUGGGUCCAACACAUCAUUGCAUUUGCUCUCAUCACACUCAAAAUCCUUAGAUUUAGACCGGGGUCCCUCUACCCUCACUGUUCAGGCAGAACAACGGAAGCAUCCAAGCUGGCCUCGGUUGGAUCGAAACAAUAGCAAAGGCUACAUGAAACUAGAGAACAAAGAGGAUCCGAUGGACAGGUUGCUUGUGCCACAAGUUGCAGUCAAAAAAGACUUCACCAAUAAGGAGAAGCUUCUUAUGAUUUCCAGGUCUCAUAAUAAUUUGAGUUUUGAACAUGAUGAGUUUUUGAGUAAUAACUUAAAGCGGGGAACUUCUGAAACAAGAUUUUAAUGUUUAUAAAACCUAUCAUUUUACAAGGAUAUACAUUUUAAAACUCUUUUCACCAGUGUUUCCUUCUUAAAGCAUUGGUUGUGAGCCUUUUUAAUCCAAUGGUUCGUAGUUUAUUAGAACUGGCUGGUUAGUUCUGUAAUGGAGAUGGUUAUAUGCUUGGGUGACUAAUGACUGCAGUACUUUGUAUUAUCACAAAUGAUUUUAUUUUUCCAUUCCUUUGAAAGCAUGGUCUCUUUUAUUAAUAUGAAUACAAAAUACUUGCAUCCAAAUUAAAACUCCUUUUCUUUACUUUUCAGUUCUUUCUUUGAUUGUCAUAUUCAUAGGAUGACGUGUCCAAUAUGGAAAAUUUAGGUACCAAAGUGUGAACUAGAGGUAUCAAAUUCAGGCCCAGUAGUCAAUAUAUAUUUAUAAAUGAGUAUCAAUGCAAAUUGUAGCAUGUGAUUUUCUGAAUAACUGCUCUUAUAUUGGUUAAAUUUUUUAAGAGGAAAAAGAUCUAGAUUCUAUGUGAGCUCAAUAAUAUGAAUUGGUUAAGUUGGUUGUGAAUCUUUACUAUCAAUAUCUAUACUAUAGGUAGUAUAUUUUUUUGCCACAUCAAUUCUGUUUUAGUGAUGUUUUAUCAAGAAACCAUGUAUUCAAGAGCCUUGGCUGAGAAUACCAGAUAUUCUUAGAGAUAAGUGUCAAAAUGCUAUUCUCUAUAACUUUAGAAUCAAAAUGUCUUUGCAAUCUGACUUGAAGAAAUCAAUGAACCAAUAAAUAUAGUUUGUAGAAAUGCUACCUUGAAAUAAUUACAUACGUGAAGAAAUUGUUGACUAAUGAAUGACAAUACAUUGCUAGUUCAUGCUAACUAGUCUCAGUACCUUUUUUUAGCCAUCUGUUACCAUCCAAUAUCCACUCAUUUUCACAUACUUAUUUUCCCCCAAUAUUUUGUAGAUCUGCUAUUUGGAAAACAAUCAACUAACCUUAACUUUUUGUUUUAUCUUCACAUACUUGGUGGUUCAAGAAAAUUUAGGCCUUGAUAAAUUGCCUUGAAAUUUACCUUGUGCUGGAAACGAUAACUCUGAAGACUUUACAUUUUUAGGAUUGUGGUCCUCAGUUCCCGAAGAUAAUAAAUAUCAAACUGGAUGUUUCCAUCAGAAA